UGAGAAGGUAGACGCAGAACGGUUGACUAGGAUGGCCAGCCAUGACGCACCAAAAGUGUCCAAGCAGCUGCAAGGGACCAUCAUCUCGGUGAGGAAAGCAGGUGGAGAUCCCGUGGAGUUGGUCGGAGAGGUCGCCCUGAGAGCCUUGAAGCGGAAACCCGGCGCGGUGCCCGUGAGGGCCUUGGCCUCCAGAGGCGACAGAGGACAAAGUUUACCCUGGGGUGAGCGAAUAGCUUCCCACGAGGGUUCCUCGGAGUGGGUAUUGGACGCUGGGCGACACAAUGUCGCUUCAACGGGUCGGGCUGGCUCCGCAGAGCGUGCAGCCUUACCACAGGCUGCCCCAGCGAGGCAGGUAACCCCGAAGCAGGCCUCACCAAGGCAGGCCUCACCAAGGCAGGCCUCACCGAGGCAGGCCUCACCGAGGCAGGCCUCACCGAGGCAGGCCUCACCGGAGCACGCAGCCCCAGAGCGGCCGUCCUCACCGGACCACGCGGCCUCACCAGACCGCACAGCCUCAACGGAGCGCGAAAGCUCAGCAGAACCAACCGGAGAUGAGAGAGAUGAUCCAGGACGUCGUUCCACGGAUUCAGAGGACAGCACGGCCCCGGAGACGCACCUGCCGGGGACUCUGACGGUGGAACCGCAGGCCUCGAUCGAAGCGGACGACGUGGAGGACAUGCCGCGCACGACUCCAAAGUUCUCGGAGCGGCCCAGCACGGCGGACAGCUGGUCUCGGUCCACUGGACGGAUCCUGGACCUCUUGGACAAGCACUCGAAGUUCAAGCGGACGGCGCUGCGGGCGCGGCGGCGCUACUUCAGCAACGCCUGGCUGGCCACGCGCUUGGCUCUGUGGGUGGUGCUGCUGGGGGUGCCUAUCAUCGUCUACCCCAUCGCGGUCUUCUUUGAGAGCUGGAGCCUGCGAAGCCAGAAGUACAUGGCAAGCUAUGGCAUGGCACUGUCCAACUUCUGCUAUAUCCUGGCGCCCUCGCUAGGAGCCUCAGUGCGCUACACCCUGGAGGGCAUCAUCGGCACGAUGCUCGCGCUGCUGAACAUGCUGUUGCUCAACCAGAUGACUGGCUCCUACAUGAGUGGCGGUGCCUACCAGACACGGAGCGAGGUCCUGGACCCGGUGACGGGCGCAACGCUCUACCGCUCAGACUGGCUGCCACUGUGCAACCUCGGCAACGGAGCCCGGUUUGUGCAAACCAACAGCACCGCGGACUUUAUGCAGAACUGCUUCUUGAAUGUGCACUGGAGCAGUCUUACCCCGGACGCCGCCAAAGCCCUCAUCAUCACUUUGGACCUGACGAUCUUCCACGGGGUAAUCCUGUGGGCUGGGUUCGGCCUCUGUGUGCGGCUGUAUGGUUUUACCUACCUCGCCUACUGGCUCAUGCUUUUUGUGACCCCGACUUCAGAUGCGUUCAUCGAGAAUCCUUCGGAUCCUUGGACACAGGCGAUCAUGACCUGCGUGGGCGGUUGUUUGGCUGUGCUCAGCCAGAUACUGCCUUGCCCCAACGACGCCCUUAGCAAGGCCACCAAGAGCGCCGCGGAGCUCGUGGAGUCGGUGAGCGCUAUUUUGGAGGCGCUGCCCCACGCGUCCAGCGAGGAGGUGGCGAUUGCCAUUGGCAGCGCGCUCGAGGCCCCCCAGCUAUGGUUGCAAGACAUCGACGAGGCCCUGCAUGCGGCCUGGUUUGAGGACUUUGGCAUCCUCCCGGCGCGCAGCCGGCGGCGCAUGAAGCUGCGGAAUCAGGUGGAGCUUAUGAAGUCGCUGCUGCAGCACAUGGGUUUGGCCCAGCGGUUGGGGCAGCAGCUCACCCCGGCGGAUGCGCGCGCCCUGGAAAGCAGGCUGCCCUCCCUCACGGACAUUUGCACCAGCGCGGCACGGGCGAUCCCAUUGCCUGGCACGAGCGUGGACAAGGAUGCGGUGGAGGAACUGGAAGAAGCACUGGAGUACAUGCAGAAGGAGUUUCAAAGCCAGAAGCAACCUGAGCAGCAACUGUCUGGCAAUGUGCUCGCCUUCGUACUGGCCUUGUGCACCAUCAGCUCGGGCAUCGUGAAGCGGCUGCAAUCGCUGGAGCAGUGGACCAUCGUCAGCCCAUGCAGCCGCUGUGCCAUUUGGACCUGGCUCUGCGACCUUGCUAGCCGACUGGAUCUCCCGCAGACCAGGAGCCGGCCCUCCCAUCUCCGCUUCGUGUUCCGCAGCACCUUGGCCAUGGUGUUGGCCUUCCUCUUCGGUUGGUUGGGCUUCGAGCGCGCCAUGAGUGCUUACAACUACGGGGCCGCGGUGACCGUGGCCGUGGUGGUCGCCAAUACCACCGAGGCGGGCUUCUCCUUGAGCCUCAUCAUGCGACGCCUGAACAGCGCGGUCAUCGGCACGGUGUUAGGUCAGGCUGCCCAACAGGUGCUGGCGGUGCAGACGGAGUUCCAUGCCACACUCUACGGGAUCUUCCUGUUCUGCUUCGCGGUGUUCCUCAUCUUCCAGAUCCUUCACUCCAAGGAGCACGCCAGCACGGCCAUGCCGGUCUUGGGCAUCGGCGCGUUGGCCCUCGUGCCGGCCACCGGGGUCUUUCGAGUCUACAACUCCCAGAUCGAGGUGGAGGCGGAGAUCAGCUUGGCAAGCAGUGUGAAGGCCACAGUGUUUGGUGGCACGAUCAUGCUUAUCAUCGACCUCCUGUUGUACUCCUCCGCCCGUUCCUCGGCGCAGAAGCAGCUGGAGAAGGCCAUGGCCAAGAUCCAGGGCUUGUUGUCCCGGGUCAUGGGCCUCUCCGAAAAAGAGGACAUUACGGAGAAUGUGGACGGCUCCUCCAAUGAGGAGGAGAAGGUUUUGGCGUACCUGAACCAGGUCAGGGGCUUACUGCCCCAUGCCCUGGCAGAGCCUGCGCCGCGAGGCAUCGAGUUCCCUUAUGCCUUGUUCAGCUCCGUGGAAGGGUCCCUGCGCACCGUGGCCAGUGAGAUGGGGACCUUGGAGUGGAUGUUCGACACACUUCUGGCCCACUCGAGUUCCACGGCAUUGAUGGGCAAGGAGGAGCUGGCGCCACUCCUCAGCGACAUUGAGAGCUAUUUGACCCAGAUGCUGUCCACCGUUCAAGUGAUGUACAAGGACGUGAGCAGCCGCAAUUUCCAACCUGCUGGAGAGUCCGGUGGUGACACAGCUGCCGGGAUGUUGCGGCAAGAGAUCCUGGAAAAGAACUACGCGCGGAUCAGCCAGGCGGCCAAAGAGAUCAAGCCCUUGGUCGCCCAAACGCGGAGAUUGUCCGGCCUCGCACAAGCGGUGCUUCGGAACAAGGACGGCAACGAAGGCGCGGGCUUUCCAGAGCUGCUGCAGCGGCUCAGGGAAAGCUCCAAAGAUGCCCGCGGCCUCACGCCCAUGCAGGACAUGCUGUCGCAGGUGGAGCUUUUGGUCAGCAUCCUCGGCACCGUCAGCAAGCAGGUUGUAAAUAUUCAGCUGGUUCUUGCACAGUACGGCUGAUGCAAGCAAGCAUUGAACUCUACAGUAUGGUGGCCACCCCAUGUGCUGCCAGCAACGCCCAAGGUGUUGCCUGCCAGUGUAGUUUCACCAGCACGGGCACUGACUUGAUCUAGUCUAGUGACUGACUUGAUCUAGUGGUUGUUUUCCCCAUUUGGCAUGGUGCCGCGGACAGCCUUGGGUAUAUC